UGAUUCAUGUUCAUCCUGUUUUAUUCCAAAGCAUUUUACCGAAAAGCCCCUUGGCCCAGCCAAAAAGUUCAGGGCCAGGAGCCAGGACACCUGGACUCCAGAUCUGCUUGUGGAAGAUUUGGAACGUUGUUGGUGGGGGAGGUCUCAGGUUCUCUCGCUGUAAUGUGGCAAGUGCCAUCUGUGGAGGACUUUACAAUUUUACAUACAUCAUCUCAUUUGACCUUCCGAUCCCUAGUGAGAGAAGCCAAGUAAAUAGGAUUGCUAUUCUAACUUUACAGAUGUGGAAACUGGGACCAGGGAGUUAAUAAGACACUCAGAUGCACACACUAUUAAGGUGGGAAGGCUGGAACUUUGGAUUCCAAACCCUUUGCUCUUUCCUAGUCAAAACAAUAGUCAGUUCUAUGCCUCACUUUUCCUUUUUUUUUUUUUUUUUUUUUAACAUAUUAUAAUAGGGUGUGUGUGUGUUUGUAGAGGCAGGGUCUUGCUAUGUUGUCUAAGCUGAUCUCGAACUCCUGGGCUUAAUCACUUAAGACCUCCUGUCUCGGUCUCCCAAAGUGCUGGGAUUACAGAUGUGAGUCAGUGCGCCUAGCCCACCAUGCCUCACUUUUAGUGCAGUGUGAUCCUACACAAAUUGCCCUGUGUAUAUUCCAAAGGCCGAUCUGGGUUUGUAAGGUCAAAAACAUGUGCAAUUCCAGGGUGAGGGGUAGGUGGUCGGUGGCUCUUUUGACAAAAAAAAAAAAAAAAAAAAAAAAAGGAUGAAAACAAAACUAAGUUCAGGGUCUUGGGCAGGCCCUGAAAGUUAGGGGCCUAGAAGCUGAAAUUAAUCUACCAGUGGUAAAUCCGCCUCUCCUACAUGCCAGUGCCCCCAAAAGCAAACAAACAAAAACAGGACACAUCAGAUCUUGACAGGGCUUCCUCCCUGUUUGUGAAACGUGACAGAAGUGGGAUCUGGAAGUCCUGGGAAAACAAUCUCAUUUCUCCCAGGAGACAAGAGGAAUUACAGCAGCAAAGAGGCAGGCCGAGUGGAGGAGAAGGCUGCAUGCCAGGGGAGAGUCGAAAGGGGCUGGGUGAUCCAGCUGGCCGAGAUGCGGGCAGUAGAGCCUCGGUGUGGGAGACUGGCAGCCUGAGAGCCAGGAGCAAUGGCGCUGCCCCAGAAGCCGUGGCUGGAGGCCGGGCCUGCUGGAAGCAGCCUUCCUUCAGAUGGUCUUCUGGCUCCCUGCGUCCUGUUCUGAUAACCUUUCCUCUGAAAAGGGGAGGUAAAGACAGACAACCACAGCUAUGGUAGUGGGAAGGUGGGUGGUGGACCCCGUCCAGGCCUUUCAUCCCCGGCCUGCAGGAUAGUGAACCGGGAGACGUCUCGUCGGAGGCUGCUCCGCUGCCGCCCGGAGCAGCGAGAACCGGGUGCUGGGCUCCCCUCGCGGCUGCCCGCCGCCGCCGGGGGGCAGCGCCUGCGGCCUGCUUUCCCAGGGCCGGCCGAGGCUUUUUGACAAGCUGAUUGCGCGGCGGGGAUUGGCUGGUCCGGGCGUGACGCCGGUAACAACAAAGGUGGAGUUGGAAGAAAUUAGAUUAAAGGAGAGAAAAAAAAUUAAAGGGGGAGCUGGCAGAAGACAGGCGAUAUAGACCGAGGGGGAGAUGCGCCAAGUGGUGUCUCCCGGUUCCGACUCCCCCCCACCCGCCUCGACCCCAGAAGAUCCCUCGCGCAAACCCACUGAGAUUUUGCUCUUUCCCCUACCCCCGCCCAGUGACCGACGCCGGGGUAGGAAGGAUAGCUGCUGCUUCUUGAAAAAUCCCCGCAACUCCCACCCUGACACCCCUCACUACGACCCAGGGGGAGAACUUUUUGCUCGGACUCCUCGGAUCCUAAACCCAGCGAAGAGGGGGGACAUUGAGAAGCUCGUCCUUUUAAAACCCGGAAGGCCCUCGCGGAGCAUGGAGAUCGGAUAAGGCGGGGUGCUCCCCCGGUUUUCCGAUGUGUUGCAAAUCUAAGAGCUUCUUUCUCGCUUUUUUUUUUUUUUCUGUAACUACCCCCCCCCCCCACCCUUUUGCUUCAGGGUUGCAAAAGCAAAGAGCAAUAAAAAAAAAAAAAAAAAAAAAAAACCGCGCACACACUCAGACACACACCAGUGGCGACAGGGGAGAGUUGGAAAGACGCAGGAGAGAAGCAGGAGGCAGGAGGCAGCGGGGAUGGAGCAAUGGGAGCGGGAAGCAGGCAGGUUUCCUUGCAAAUCCCCCUCCGGCCUCACGCCGCCUCGCCGGCCCCGGCAGGGGAGCGAGGACCCCGGCGAACAGAUGGAGGAGUGGAGCUCGCUCUAGGCAGCUGGGCUUGGCCGGAGAAUGGAGGAGCCACCAAGCGACCGGCUGAUUGGAAGAGAAACGCAGAGCGAUGGAGGCGGGGGUAGGAGGACGAUUUCUCUGCGGGGACUGGCGGCGGCGUACACGCCCGGGUCGGGCGCUGCAGAGCUUGGCUGGCUUUCAACCCGCGCUCGCCGGCUCCAGCCCCGCGCGCCCCCACCCCUAGCCCUCCCGGCGGCUCCGCAGGGUGAGGUGGCUUUGACCCCGGGUUGCCCGGCCAGCACGACCGAGGAGGUGGCUGGACAGCUGGAGGAUGAACGGAGAAGCCGACUGCCCCACAGACCUGGAAAUGGCCGCCCCCAAAGGCCAAGACCGUUGGUCCCAAGAAGACAUGCUGACUUUACUGGAAUGCAUGAAGAACAACCUUCCAUCCAAUGACAGCUCCAAAUUCAAAACCACCGAAUCACAUAUGGACUGGGAAAAAGUUGCAUUUAAGGACUUCUCUGGAGACAUGUGCAAGCUCAAAUGGGUGGAGAUUUCUAACGAGGUGAGGAAGUUCCGUACAUUGACAGAAUUGAUCCUCGAUGCUCAGGAACAUGUUAAAAAUCCUUACAAAGGCAAAAAACUGAAGAAACACCCAGACUUCCCAAAGAAGCCCCUGACCCCUUAUUUCCGCUUCUUCAUGGAGAAGCGGGCCAAGUAUGCGAAACUCCACCCUGAGAUGAGCAACCUGGACCUAACCAAGAUUCUGUCCAAGAAAUACAAGGAGCUUCCGGAGAAGAAGAAGAUGAAAUAUAUUCAGGACUUCCAGAGAGAGAAACAGGAGUUCGAGCGAAACCUGGCCCGAUUCAGGGAGGAUCACCCCGACCUAAUCCAGAAUGCCAAGAAAUCGGACAUCCCAGAGAAGCCCAAAACCCCCCAGCAGCUGUGGUACACCCACGAGAAGAAGGUGUAUCUCAAAGUGCGGCCAGAUGCCACUACGAAGGAGGUGAAGGACUCCCUGGGGAAGCAGUGGUCUCAGCUCUCGGACAAAAAGAGGCUGAAAUGGAUUCAUAAGGCCCUGGAGCAGCGGAAGGAGUACGAGGAGAUCAUGAGAGACUAUAUCCAGAAGCACCCAGAACUGAACAUCAGUGAGGAGGGUAUCACCAAGUCCACCCUCACCAAAGCUGAACGCCAGCUCAAGGACAAGUUUGAUGGGCGACCCACUAAGCCACCUCCGAACAGCUACUCGCUGUACUGCGCAGAGCUCAUGGCCAACAUGAAGGACGUGCCCAGCACGGAACGCAUGGUGCUGUGCAGCCAGCAGUGGAAGCUGCUGUCCCAGAAGGAGAAGGACGCGUAUCACAAGAAGUGUGACCAGAAAAAGAAAGAUUACGAGGUGGAGCUGCUCCGUUUCCUCGAGAGCCUGCCUGAGGAGGAGCAGCAGCGGGUCUUGGGGGAGGAGAAGAUGCUGAACAUCAACAAGAAGCAGGCCACCAGCCCCGCCUCCAAGAAACCAGCCCAGGAAGGGGGCAAGGGCGGCUCUGAGAAGCCCAAGCGGCCCGUGUCGGCCAUGUUCAUCUUCUCGGAGGAGAAGCGGCGGCAGCUGCAGGAGGAGCGGCCUGAGCUCUCCGAGAGUGAGCUGACCCGCCUGCUGGCCCGAAUGUGGAACGACCUGUCUGAGAAGAAGAAGGCCAAGUACAAGGCCCGGGAGGCGGCGCUCAAGGCUCAGUCCGAGAGGAAGCCCGGCGGGGAGCGCGAGGAACGGGGCAAGCUGCCUGAGUCCCCCAAGAGAGCUGAGGAGAUCUGGCAACAGAGCGUCAUCGGCGACUACCUGGCCCGCUUCAAGAAUGACCGGGUGAAGGCUUUGAAAGCCAUGGAAAUGACCUGGAAUAACAUGGAAAAGAAGGAGAAACUGAUGUGGAUUAAGAAGGCAGCCGAAGACCAAAAGCGAUACGAGAGAGAGCUGAGUGAGAUGCGGGCACCUCCAGCUGCUACAAAUUCUUCCAAGAAGAUGAAAUUCCAGGGAGAACCCAAGAAGCCUCCCAUGAACGGUUACCAGAAGUUCUCCCAGGAGCUGCUGUCCAAUGGGGAGCUGAACCACCUGCCGCUGAAGGAGCGCAUGGUGGAGAUAGGCAGCCGCUGGCAGCGCAUCUCCCAGAGCCAGAAGGAGCACUACAAAAAGCUGGCCGAGGAGCAGCAAAAGCAGUACAAGGUACACCUGGACCUCUGGGUCAAGAGCCUGUCUCCCCAGGACCGUGCAGCAUAUAAAGAGUACAUCUCCAACAAACGUAAGAGCAUGACCAAGCUGCGAGGCCCAAACCCCAAAUCCAGCCGGACUACUCUGCAGUCCAAGUCGGAGUCCGAGGAGGAUGAUGAAGAGGAUGAGGAUGAUGAGGACGAGGAUGAAGAGGAGGAAGAUGAUGAGAAUGGGGACUCCUCUGAAGAUGGCGGUGACUCCUCCGAGUCCAGCAGCGAGGACGAGAGCGAGGAUGGGGACGAGAAUGAAGAGGAUGAUGAGGACGAAGAUGAUGACGAGGAUGACGAUGAGGAUGAAGACAACGAGUCCGAGGGCAGCAGCUCCAGCUCCUCCUCCUCAGGGGACUCCUCAGACUCUGACUCCAACUGAGGCUCAGCCCCACCCCAGGGCAGCCAGGGAGAGCCCAGGAGCUCCCCUCCCCAACUGACCACCUUUGUUUCUCCCUCAUGUUCUGUCCCCUGCCCCCCUGGCAUCCCCCACUUUCUUUCUUUCUUUAAAAAAAAAAAAAAAUACGGUGGGGGUAGGGGGCUGGAGGAGCCCAGGCCAGGACUCUGCAGCCUCAGAGACAUCAGCCUUGGGGGGUCCUCCUCCAGGGACAGCAACCAUCAGACUAAGCCAGCACCGGACCAGCCUGGCCCACCCCACCGACUUCUGCACUUGCAGUUCCGGCAUGGACAGUAUACCGGAGAGUGGGGGUGGGGGGGUCCCAAAGAGUUCGAUGAGGCCCUCCACACCUGCAGCCCAAUCCAAGGUGGGGUGGAAGCUUGGGGAAGACCCAUUCCUUCCCAGAGGGGCCUGCCACCUGGACCCCUGCAUUGGAACUGGAGGCAGGAAAUGUGGGGAGAGGAGGGCUGGUGCCUUUGAGAAAACAGGCGCUGCCCUGGUGGCCCUCUCCCCUGCCCCCUGCAGGAAGGAGCUGCCUGGACCCAUUCAUGGGGGAGGGGGCAGAAGUGUUUUUUAUAUAUGUGUAUAUAUUUUUUUUUAAGCUCUGAGCUGUCAACGAGACGUUUCCUACCGA